UCGCCGCUACGGGUGCAUCUCGCGGCAGUUCACAGUCGUCUUCUAAAGCAAGCUCAUUAGUCGCUCAGCAUUCGGCCGGGACACCUUUCCGUGGAUCACGCUACACACGUUCGAAUAUCUCGUGUCCCGUUCCAUUUGAUAUUCCACCUUUAUCUCCUCCGUAAAAACUUCUCCCUCCAUCCAUCUUUCUCUUAUCUCACCUUUCGUUCCUAAUCAGAGGCUAUCGAUCAACUACCAGAACAAAGUUUUCAUUGAACAAGUUAAGAAACAAACAUCUCCCGCCGCGUUCGAUAUCGCACAGUCUUUCCGCGAGGGGAUGCAACGAAGCUCGAUAGGCUCUCGUACACGUGCUAGUUGACCGUCUCUUACUUCUUCCACCAAAAUAUUUUUAAAUACUCGCGAUUCAUCGUCUCCGCGCGUUUUCUUCGGUUAUGACAUCCGUCCGGUUCCAGUGAAUCUCUUGGAACAGUCUGCGAGUCUCCUAUCCAACGACGUCUCGAUGAUCGAGUGUCGCAUAGCAUCGAUAUUCUUCGAACGGAUAAGUCGAACGUAAGGAAAUACCAAUCACGGUAUCGUAAAAAUCGAUUGAAAGAGGACGAUACAGGGGAAAGGGAAGCGCAGAUCCAGAUACACGGAUCGAUCAGGUGAACGGAGUGUACGUAAUCGAGGGUGAAGGCGGAACUCGGGCGAGCCGAGGUCGUCGACACCGCGACGCGACGUCGGCGGUGCAGAAUAUCAAGAGAAAUAUAACGAGCACGGUAUCGAGAGAACGCAACUCGGCCGAUGGUCGAAACAACGUCGACUCAACGGUUCACGAUCAAGUUACCCAUGCUGCAACCACCGUCUCCUCUCUUGGAGAUGGCAUCGCUACGUCUGCCGGACUCCGAGGAGUUUGACAUUGAUACGCGUCGUAGAAGUAACAAUGGAAACAUCCCGCCUACCACCGUUUCGGCCAUUCCACAGACCACGGGUACCCUCUUGCAGAUGAGGAACGAUCUUGGCGAUUAUCUCAAUAACUUGAUCGCGGAGGCUAUCACGACCAAUCCGAGGACAUCGAUGGAGGAACAGGGUGGACUUUUGAACGCCAGCAAGACGGCGAACCUCUCGACCGCUGAACAAAUUCCCGAUCGGCUGUACAGGCACAGCAUGGCCAUGUCGGCGGUUUACUGUGUCGCUUACGUUUUGGUCUUUGUCGUCGGUCUGAUCGGGAACAGUUUCGUCAUAGCCGUAGUGUAUCGGUCACCGCGGAUGCGGACUGUAACGAAUUUCUUCAUCGUCAAUCUCGCGGUCGCUGAUGUCCUCGUCAUAGUCUUCUGCCUGCCUGCUACUCUGAUGAGCAACAUCUUUGUCCCAUGGUUCCUGGGAUGGUUCAUGUGUAAAGCCGUCGCUUAUAUACAAGGCGUUUCCGUGGCGGCCUCUGUCUACAGCCUUGUUGCGGUUUCCUUGGACAGGUUCCUGGCGAUCUGGUGGCCCCUGAAAUGCCAAAUAACAAAGAGGCGAGCUCGCAUGAUGAUAGUCGUGAUCUGGUUCAUCGCCCUCACCACCACAUCUCCAUGGUUGCUCUUCUUCGAUCUGGUGUCGAUUUACGACGACGAUCCAGACCUGAGGCUCUGCCUGGAAGUGUGGCCGCACCCCGAAGACGGCACCCUCUUCUUCCUCAUCGGCAAUCUAACAUUAUGCUACGUUCUUCCCACGAUUUUGAUCUCUCUUUGCUAUAUCCUGAUUUGGAUAAAAGUAUGGCGAAGGCAUAUCCCCUCUGACACGAAGGACGCCCAGAUGGAGAGGAUACAGCAGAAAUCGAAAGUAAAGGUGGUGAAGAUGCUGGUCGUCGUAGUGAUUUUGUUCGUGCUGUCGUGGCUGCCGCUCUACGUGAUCUUCACGGUGAUCAAGCUUGGCGGAGACGUUGCCGAAAGAGAGGACGAGAUCCUGCCUAUCGCCACGCCGAUCGCUCAAUGGCUUGGCGCCAGUAACUCCUGCAUCAAUCCCAUCCUGUACGCUUUCUUCAACAAGAAAUACCGUCGUGGUUUCAUCGCGAUCCUCAAGAGCGGACGCUGCUGUGGCAAGAUCAGGUAUUACGAAACGGUGGCCAUGAUGUCUUCGUCGACGAGCAUGAGGAAAUCUUCGUACUACGUGAACAACAACAAUAACAACUCAUCGACCAGGCGAACCUUCCAUGGACCGCCGGUGCACCAGGAGAGCAACGUUUCGUACAUAUUCAACCACACCGGCGUCUAAAUUAGUAAACACUUCGUAGGGAUUCGAUGUAUUCCGAGGCUGGCUGCCCGGAACGGGCUUAACAGUGAGCCGGUCCGAGAUUCUGGGUCACGCGUGAUCGUCACGAUUGUCACUCGGAUCGGAAGUCGCCGAUUACGGAGUCCCAACCAUGGAAGCACGUUGCUAACCCGCGAAACCGAUCGUCCGCUCAUUUCUUCUGUUCCUUCGUUUUUGUACACAUCUUUUGAUUUUGAUCGCGAUCGUAUGUAACGCGACGCGUUCCAGUUCCCUAUUGUCGACGCGGAAACGACGGUUUCUCGAAUCUGUCGUUUUCUAUCGUCUCGCGCAACGUGCAUCGUAAUUUCAUUGAAAACGAGCAUGAUCCGUAACACGAGCGUGUAACCACGCUGGUUUUACAAAUAGAUCUCCACGCGUCGUUGUUACGGAUCCCUUCUUUGCCUCGAGGUAUCCAGACUGGAUGCGAGACAUUCUUUCGGACUUACCUUGCGACGAAGAAACUGAGUAAAAAGAUUCGACGAACGAGGACGUAGAUCGCGUUGAGGUGCUCGCAUACUUCCGAGGCUUUCUUCUGUUUUACGAGCACCUUUCUAGAUUUUUAAGGUAUUCACGAACAAAGGGACCGAGUUGUCUGCUUCGAGCGAAACAAGCGAAAAAUGUGACGGCAACGAGUAGAGGGUCAGGACAGAAUUAGCAACUCCAUUUGUCUGAACCUUUCGAGAGACAAGAAAGACAAACGGUUUAACACGAUGGAAACUGUACGUCGAUUCGCCUCGCUAUCUACGGUUUCUGGUUGAGAUAGUAAAAGUUUGGGCAAUAAGAGUUUAGUUGACUCGACUAGUCGCUGAUUAAAAUUUCGUUCCAAUAAACGCGGUUCUACCGUAAAAGGUACGUGAAUUCAAUGCGUCAUUGUACAUCGUCACAAGACACGGUGUAAGUUGCUCGCGAUACUCGCCAGCGUAAUUAGCGUGUGAAUACAAUUAAUAAUUCCGAGAGAACGGCUGGCAGCGCGACACAGACCGUUUGCUAUAACGAUGCUUCUGGAACUGGUGGUCCAUUCGUAAUUGUACUUGUCGUCUGAACGAAGAAGGUCGCUAGCAAACUAAGAAACUGCGCGCACCGUUGACUCGUCUCGACGAUUUACUCAUAGGUCCUUAGGAUAACGUAAUACAGAAAUUUAUCCGUGCAUUGCAUGCUGCGAUUUAAGUGACACUAAUUGCAUAACACCUAACGUUACCUUACACAUUAUUGGUAUAGCAUAUACGUGAGUUAUCGAGAUAGAGAUAAGAAGGGAAAACGAAAGAGAAAGUAAGCUAGAAGAAAAGCAGGAACAGAAUGUAAAAGUGAAAGAGAGAGACAGAGAGAAAGAGAGGGAGAGAGUAUUCGAGAAUUUUUAUUAAACACUACCUCCGUAUGCGAGAACAGCAGAUUACUACAUUACUUGUACUUAUUAUUCGUAGCACGGUCGACUUCACAAAUAUAAUACAUAUACACGUAUAUACAUAUAUAUAUAUAUAAAUAUAUAUAUACAUAUAUAUAUUUUCUUAUUGGAACGUUAGACGAUCUAGUUGAUAUUUUUUUUCUUUUUAUUUUUUGGAGACUUCUUACGGUGCCAUACGUACACCGAUAAAUACACGUGCCGCGCAUAUCAUCGUGCAGGAAGUGAAAAAUAUUUAAAAGAAUCGGUUAACGCGUAUCGACACACCGACCAGACAGCAAAGAAAGUGCGCACGAUGGUUCUAGCGUUACAUCGAUCGAAACGAUGGAACGAUCAAACGAUGAACAACGCUUUCGUCUUUGCCACAUUGUCAAGUUGCCUGCCUCCUUCCGUCUCCUGUGAUCCAAUUCAACUCGUCGCUUAUUCCACUCCCAAACCCAGUCGCACCUACUCGUUCCUCUGUGUGUCUACGCCGACCUAGAGAAAGGCGGAAGCGCCCGACUUUACAGUUUUGUCUCGAAUUAAUAUCGACCGAUUACGCGUGCGACGGAUUAACGCGAUCACUGGCGACAAUAACGACCUUUUACGCUCCAGGAGGGCAGCUCCUGCCGCGAGUUAGUUCAGAGAUCAAGCUACGUAAGUGGCAAAUAGUUCAACAUCAUAGUGACAUUUUUUGUUAAAUUUCAAUCAUGAUAUAUCGCGACUAAAAUUGGUGAAAAGAGGAUUUAUCGAUUUAGAUGAUCUUCCAUGAGCAUGUGUUCGUAUUAUUUUAGAGUUCGAUCUCUCCAACCGUAACGUCGAAAUAUUAUACAGGGCGUUGUAGUUGUUUCCUGCCAAACUUUGUCACUAUAUCGUAUAAGUAGGAGAAGAAGAAAGCUGCUGAACGUACACACGUAUGUAUGUGUAUACGUAUGUACGUUCGAAGCUUUGUUAAAAAGUUGUAAUGAAAAUAUAGAAUAUAAAGGAAAGGGUAACAGAAGUAUCGCUAGAUUUUAGUACUUCGUUUGAAAAUGUUCAUCGUUCCUGUCGAUACACGACUGACUGAUACAAGCUGUAAAAAAGUUAGAUUUAUUUCGAUACUGUGUUUGAUGAUGGAGUUCAUUUCGAUUUUAUUGCUACUCGGUAAAUCGUUGAUCCUUGCAAUUAAUACCACUUCGAUAUAUCUUUCCUCAAAAGAGCAAAGUGACGUUCCCUUUCCUUUCUGUAGUUUUGUUAUAACAUUUUGCUAUACGAAGCUUCGAACAACCCUACAUUCGUACAACAUUCAUUUUCUUCUUUGUGCUCAUAGAACAUACUGACAAAGUUUAGCCUUGAUAAAACAGCAACGCUUCGUGGUUUUCGCCUGUUUGUUUUCUAGCCACGUGUCGCUCUAACUCGUCAGCGAGGAACAACUUGUUGAAACACGUAUAAUUCGUCUUAUAGUUGCUUAGUUUAAAGAGUCGUUAUGAAAUUGUAAUUUUCCCGUUAUCUAUUCAAAUUCCACGUUAUUUCAACUACUUUCUGUACAUUAUUUUUGUUAAAUUUAUUAUUGAAAAAUGUCGCGCAUUUCAUCGCAAUUCGCGCGACAGUCUGCGCUAAACUGAACUUGCGAUCUUCUCAAUUUCCACCAAAUACAAAAUUAUUCAUUUUCGAUGUUUAAACACGAAAUUCGUAAUUUGAUUAUUUCGUGUAUACUCCGUCGAUAAAGAAUUAGGACUAUUAAUAUCCAUGUUCCACAAACGUUUGUUCCCCUUUAACGAGUUGCAGCGACUCGUUGUUCUUCUACGAGACUCUUAUCGGGCAUUCACGUAGCGCACAUCCUUUCCUCCAUGUCAGAGGAUAUCUUCGUCGAUCAGCUGUGGAUCGUUUUCCUCCAGCGAAGAAUCCGAUACGCGCGAUAACAGCGAGAUGGAAAUCGCUACGAUCGACGAAAGGAAAGGACAAAGGAAAUGGAAAAAAAGGCAACAUGGGAUUUCACGCGCGCUUUAACGCUACCGACGAGCAUUAUACCUCGAUCCUUUGUAAUACCGAUGUAAGAUGGUAACGUGUUAAAACGAAGAGCUGCGGGGUUUUAUGAUAGAGCAACUAUUUUCGUAAGGUUUUUAUACGUGGCGAUGACAGGAUCUAGAUGUAACGAAAACGUAUGCGAAAUAUAAUUGUACAGACGGCUGUAAACGAGGAAUACCUUAUUCAUAUCUAUCGUAGGCUCGUAACCGAUGCGACGCCGACCGAGUCUUGCGUGACGUUUCUUAAAAAGUAACAAAUAUAAAACAGAGAAACCGUUAGAGAUAAACGCGCGAAGGAUAAGUGGCAAAAGCUAAGAAAAAAGUAAUUGUAAAAAUGAACGAGGAAGAAAUAUAGAAAUAACAAAAGGACAUACGAGUCGAGGAAGUAACUAUAAAUAAUUGAGAAGCGACUGUAUACUUACGUAAGCGCGGCUCUAAGCAUCUUGUAAGUUAACAAUCUACAUAUAUCGUAAGAACAUGAUAUUUAUAUAAAUAGCAUUUAUGUAUACGAUGUACGCAUAUGUGUAUAUAUACAUAUACAUGUAUACAUUUAUCGUACACGUGAAAACUAAACGUCUAUCUGCUGCUGUCUUUAUGUACAUAAUGUAACUUAUCGUGUAAUAUUAUUGUACAUACAUAAGUAACGUAUAUCAUCGCUAUAAUGUUACUAUAUACACCGCCGUUACCUUCGUUCUUAUUCGUUGCUCUCUAAUCGGAGAGAGAAAAUUCUUACUCGUCUCAUCGAGAAAUAUCCUCAUUGGAGAGCGAACGAGCUUGUUCACCGUUUUACCGUCUCGUGAGAUACGUUUCGUGUACGCACAGUCAAAGAAAGACAGACAGACUUCUUGCUGUUCUAGAAAAGGAGUCUCUCUCUCUCUCUCUCUCUCUCUCUCUCUCUCCCUAUCUCUCUAUCUCUUUCUCUCUCUGUAUCGUUGGAUCCAUUAUUAUUCGAUUAAUUGUCGAUAAACGCUCUCGAUCGUGUAUAUGUUCGUUUCGAUUGUACAUAUAUAUUAACCGCUGUAUUUCGAGCACCGCCCAUGCGUUCACGGUGUUUCGAACUUACUCGAAAGAUUCAGAUUUUAUUAAUAAAUGUUAUUCCAACUAUUUUGAUAUAUUUGGAACGUCACGCGUAAAUGACACUGUUAGUACUUAUAAAUACUAUAUUCGAACGUGUUCGGGUUCGUCUCGGAUAGUACGCUGUACAUUGUUGUUGGUAUUUCCAAGUGUUUUCGUAUUUUACGUACACAACUAUUGAUACUAUUUUUUAUAAUAACGACGAUCAUAAACGGCUACGUCCUUAAAACGCGGAGGAGCGAAAACAGAGGAGAAUGCGAUCAAUUGACUGUACGUAUCGAGAAAUCUGCAUGACGCUCGACUGGUUGGGCAAUCCCUCGAAAAUAAUUAGCGCAUCGCGGUUUCUAAAACGGGUCCUAUCUUCUAUACGGAACGUGUGCAAUUUCAGAAAUUGCACGAUAUUUAUUUUCGUACAGAUAUACAGUGUACUUCCAAAAUUAGGCGAUGAACUUUGAGAACAUACGACGAUCCACUGGAUAAGAAAUACGUUCCACGUUUGUAAUUACAAGGAGGACGGAAUUCUUUCGUAGACCGUGAUUGCUCCUCAUCUGUGGCGAUAUACCAUGAAAAUGUUAAGUGACACGACUGUAGCGCCUAUAGCACGAAUAUUCCUGCAAAAGAAAUUGAAGAUUAAUUUUACGAUAUCGUAUAAAAUAAUUAGUAAUUAAAUUAAUCGAUAUAGUUGAAAAUGAUUGAUACGUAACACGAUGUAGACACAUGUUAAGAUAAACGUAUAAUAGUCCUAUGAUUUUGUUGGAAGAGAACCUGAUCUGUGUAAUAAGUUUUCAUAUAUCGCAAUCAAUUUUUUGAAAUCGCAUGUACCUCUUUUAUAUCAUAUCACAUCUGUGUCCGUAUAUUCGCAAUUGAUUUAUCUAUGGAUAAAACGAUCAGAAUUGUUUCAACAUCUUAUACUUGGACAUACUUUAAGAAUCAUGUUGUUUUCAAACUUUCUACACUACCUUGGUUGGUACAUUUACGCAUAUAUUCUACGAUAGGCUCUUCCCGUCUAAUUAACGCUACACGGUUCGCAGACAUUAUAACUGAAAGAACGCGCGGAAGAACGAACGUGACGUGGAAGAUACUUGGUCGAUGAUGCACGCGAGCUAAUAACAAGAUAGAAACGUUCGUUCGUUUGUAAAGUGGUGUCAAUGAAAACGCUGUAAAACAUGGAACUCUUCGACUACAUGUAAAUUCAGACUUUGAUUUUGCACAAAGACCUCGUCUCGAGGAAAACAUCUGUCGUAAACGCAACCUAUGAUCUCAAAGUUCGACCGCCUAUUUUAGAAUUCUUCUCGUCUACUACUUACGAAGUAAGAACCACGUAGAACUACGAAACUCGUAGCACCACGAGAAAAACGCUAUAGCGUUCGUAACGAUUAAGUCGAUGUACUUGGACUGUUGGAGGUGUUGCCUAGCCAGUUUGAUCGUCAGGCCCGUAUCUCGCUGGUACGACAACGUACCCGACGAUUUCGUUUGCAAACGAGGCUGAAUCGACUCUCAAAAGUAACCUCCAGAUCCGUUCCUAUGCUAUCGUUCACGGUGGGCGAAUACACGCGUAAAACGGAUAGAAUUACCGAAUGAAAGUUUUUCUGUUGCGCCAUAACGUUCGACGAAUCGCUUGAUCCCAGGGCUGAUUGUACAUUUCGUGUCUUACGAUUAGUUGCUUGGUUUGCAUGGCGGAUCGACGGUGAUCGAGAAACCGCGGAUAGAUCGAUAACUGGCGAUAAAAUAAAUAAAAUUUUAAUCGCUAUCGAUUCACCGAUAUUAACGAUGAAUUACCGUGCGAGAGAGCCCGGGUGAAACUUUCGUUUAUCACGACUACGCGAUGCUGUUCUUGGCGAGUAAAUUGGGCGAGUAACUAGAAACUAGAAACCAUAACGAAAUGUAAUGAUAUAAAGCGAUCGUGAUCGAAGGGUGAUUUAUCGAUCAUAUUGUUUUCCAAGCCUGUAUAGCCUUUCACGUUUAACCGAUAAUCGGAAAUAUACUUGCAUAUCGAUGGAUUUGAUUCUGACCCUAAUAAUAAUAAUAAUCGCCGAGACUAUGGGUCGCGUAAAAUGAUCAGAGAAACUUUUCUUUUCCUACAUUUCCUUUUCUUCGCCUUUCUUUUAGAAUUUCAACGCGAUGGGGCCAAAAACAUAUGGUUUUUGAAAGGUUUCUAGAUUUUCGAAUGCGUGCAAAUGUACGCACUUUGCGGAAAAAUUCCAACACUUUGAUAGAAUCGAGUUACGACAUAUAUAAAAGUAACGAAAUCAGAUAUUUACAAAGGAUGUAUCGACGCAAAGUGUAAGAGCUUUUCCGCGAAAUGUCGAAAACUUUCAAACGUGAACGAUGGCCGCAGAUAUCUCGAGUCUCUAUCGAUUCAUCGGAUAUUUUUCUACACGGGUUUGAUUAGAUUUUUCAAAAAAAAAAAAAAGUGCGUGACGUGUGUGUAAAUAAACGGGAAUUUUAGAGGAGUAUUGUAUUAUAUUAUUAUUACGAUAUUAUUAUUACAUUAUUUACUAUCAAUUUACAUGAAACGUUUACACAGACUAAGGUAACAAAAUAUUUAUCUAUAAAUUUACAUCGAAGAAAAGACAAAAAAAGAAAAAAUGUCGAAGUUGUAAAGAGUUUUGGAACGACAAUGAAUACAUACAGGACAGCGAGCUCCGGCGUAAGCUAAGCUUUCGAUUGUUUGUACAAUCACCUCGAUAUGAAAUAUUUCUAAUCCUUCAACUUGUAAAAUAAUUCCGAUAAUUCCAACAUUUCUCUAUGGAAAGAAAGCAAGCAAGCAGGAACAAAAAAUAGCGACAUACUUUAUCAAUGUAUUCGUUUGUCUGAAAAUACUUUCGGUUUUUCCUCCGUUCGCAUCGUUACGAGUUGUAGAAUAUAAAACCACAACUUAUCGAAUCGCGAUAGACGUAGAAAAAAGAGAUUGGAAUUGCGAACGAUCGUCUCGAGAACGAAUAUUCAGAAUUCGAGAAUCGGAUUCGAAACGUCUUCUCCCGAUAGUUUUCUCGCCAACAUCCUAGCGAGAAACGAUCAAACGAAAUUCCACUUAACGUACGAUUAAUAAUUGCGCGAUUAUUUUUUUAAAACAGCCUCUCGUUAACGUAGGGGAAAUGAAAAUCGAGCUUUUACUGGGUAGAUUAUGCGCUGCCGUGUUACACCCGAAUUUCAUGAACAAAGUCGAAUAAUAGAACCUCUUGUUUUUCUAUCGUUUCCUUCUCUCGUGUAUAUUUAACACGUGUAUAUUUAAUAGAAGCGUAAUACACCUAGCGAAUAUAGACGAAAAAUCGCUUGCGAGAAAGUUUCCUCGAAAGAUACGACGUUUAGAUGAAAUAAUCGAUAACUUAUUGCAAAAUAGCGAUCGAUUUACGCCACAUCGUUGAUAAUGACGAAAAAAAAGAGAUAAAAAAGGAGCGAAAAAAAUGAUAGAAAUCCUUAAUAAUCGUUAAUACGUUAAGUUUAAGAGCUGAUUUCGGACAGCUUCUCUCGAUCGGUUCGUAAAAGACGAAGAAUGGUGGAAUCUGCACAUGGCAGUUACAAGCUCGCGUCACCUCCUUCGGAAUCUUUACCAUUAUCGUUAUUAUGAUUAUUACCAUCAUUGUCGCUAUCGUUAUCGUUACCGUAAAAAGAGGAGAUUAUCAUUGCUGUAAUUGCCCUUCGAUGAGCAGCUUUUUGACUUUGAUAGGCGAUUCUGGAAUUUACUUGUUGGAUAGAACGAUUUAUCCGUGCACCAUGAUAAACGUAGAUCCUUCGGUUUAAGAGCGCAAACUUCACGAAGAA